AUGGCAAGACCUAUACGCUUUUCAGUCGCCAGUAUUGAGAGCGAUCAAUUCUUUAGUGUUCCCUCCAGUCGCGUUGCAAGUCGACAUGUGAGUGUGCACGCAUCUACACGAAGAAAGCGAGACGCACCCAAUAGCUUGGUGAAGCUUUUGAUCCCCACCGACCCAUCGCCCUCGAUCCUUCAACCCGAUGUGGUUACCCCUUGUUCAGAGAAUGGAGCACCUGAACCAACAAACAAUUCGAAAUGGGCCCUGCCUCUAUCGAUACGCCAACACGAUCCCAAGAACGGUCAUUUCUGCCCAACCGUGAUUCGGCGAUGGAGAGAGAGAGAUCGCCACGCUGGAAAUGGGAACAACGAGGCUCAGGAUGAGGGUGAAGCGUUGGAGUCUUUUGGGCCACUUGACAGCUUUAUGUCUUCUCCUGCUCCACCAGUAACCACCAAGAGGUGGAGCUCAACUUCGAUCGGCCACAACGCUCGAAGUGCCGCAAGUGCCCGUCGUGCUUCCACAUUGAGUGAACAUGGGCUCGACGACCCAGCCACGGUUCGCCACGGGAUAGAAGGGAUUGUCAGUAGCAUUAAGGCGUAUUUGUCUCAUCGACGCCAUGAGAACUGUUCACCCGAAUCAGUGUCAUGCCCGAACUUGGAAGAGAACCUCAGACCCUCUGUGAAAACAGUUGAGGCGGGCCCUUGGGGGCUACGAAGCGAAUCUGAAGACAUCUACCUGGUGACGACGAAUGACAUCGCCGGAAUUCUGGACAUCGUCAUUGCCGGGCUUCGAACACUCCACGAUGAAAAUCUCUCCACCGGCUGUCUUUCGGUGCUUCUGCCUAACGAACGCGUUCCAAGACCCAACCUUUGCGCGACAGCCAUUCUGCCUCGAACAUCGAGUCUCGCGUACCCUGCUACAACAAUAAGCCCUGUACGGCCGUCAUUCGCUAUGCUGGAGUUUUCAAGUCCUCCUCUGCAUGAUGCUCAUGGUGCUCAAGGUGCUCAAGCAUCGCCAACUACCAAGGCGACCAUCAUCUCGAGACACAGUAUCACUGAGAUGAGUUGGCUAUUAUCCUCAGAGAGCUCUGAUCAAGAUUCGCCGCUCCGCGGGAUAUCCCCAACCAUCUCGAAUCGUGGCAGUCUUUACAGUUCCUCCCCAUCUCGCUCACCCAUGCUCACUAGACGAGCUAGUGCGAUAUUUGGUCAAAUUCAUACGGAAUCGAAUCCAUUCGCCAAUCGGGUAACGCAAUUGGAGGGUCGUCCUAGCUCCACCCCCGUGGAUAAACCAAGCGGGGGCAAGAGAAGAAGAAUAAAGUCACGCAACAGUUUGCCAGAUCAGCGUAGCAUCAUAUCCUUCCCAGCUUUACGGUCUCGUGCAUGUACCAGCGAAUGGAUCACACGGCGUCAGCAGGAUGAAGUCAGAGUCUCGACACUUUAUCACAGCGGUGUAGAUGCUCACAGCGGGUUCCCUGUUGAGACUCCAGAUCUUGCAGACAGGGACCAUCGUGCUCCUUCGGAAGGUGCGCUCAUGCUAUCAGCUGGCGAGUCUCAUGCUCUAUGGAGAUCGGAGCAGACGAAUCCAGGACACCAAGCCGACAAGAAGAUGGGAGCGGCGAUCGGCACUUCUUCACAUCGGCGACGAAGCAGCGUUCAUUUCCUAGGGCAGCAAUAUCCUAGAUACCAUGAUUCUCUGAUAAGCAAGCUGCGGCGAUACAGCUUCAUGCCCCUCAUUGAUCAGACACCGGAAAGUAUUCGCCGAUCUACGCCACCUCCUAAGGCACAAGGUGAAGCUCCGCGUCGGCUGGAAAGUCAUGGCGAAAGGAAGCAGUCGAGCAAGGAAAUGCUGGAAGAGAUAUUGGCAAAGUCGCUACCGUCUCAAAGACAACGCCACGACAGCAAGGGAAGUGCGAAGAAUAAAUCGAGGGAUGCAUCGGGAAGUACAACUAGAAACACAUCGAGGAAACCCUCAAAGAGGAGUUCCACACGUGAGCGGGUCUCAUGCACGGAGGACUACCACCCCCAUGUCUGCUUGGACGAGCAGCCCACCCCCAUCCCAACGUCACCAUCAGAAUUAUCGGAGAGAAUUGAUGGGUAUUUUAUGUGA